AUGAAUAUGGCGAGGCUUGUCUCAGCGUUCGGUCUCCACGCUGCGCGACGCAAUAAGCCGUCAACAGCACCUGAGACAAGUUACCUCCCACAUCCCCGCGCGAACAUCAACUGGACACAGCAGAGCCUGAGCUCAAAUUUAACCAAGGCGGAGCGCAAGGAGAUUCUCAAAAGCAAGCUGGUGCUGACAAAGCUGGUGGUGCUCAAUCGCCACGGCCACCGCGCACCGAACGCGCCGUUUUGGAAGAUGUGCCCAAACGAUAUCAAGAGCAAGAAGCGCUACGACGUCGACGCAGAGGACUUGACUGGGCUCGGCAUGGAGGAGGAGUACAGCUUUGGCCAAUAUAUACGAAACACCUAUCACGCCUUUAUUGGCGACAAGUUCAACCGCACGCUGCACUACUUCCGCGCUGUCGGCGAGCCGCGCAUCUUGCAGUCGGCGAUGGCGGUGGCCCAAGGCAUCUUCCCGAACGGAUUCGGGCUGGGCGGCUACUUGCCCUCGCGGCCGCAGUUUGUGCCCAUCUUCUCCGACAUGGACACGCACGAGUACCUGCUCGAUGACGUGCCGUGCUUCCGGCGGGCCGAGAAAGACUCGCAUCAGUGGAUCGACAACGACUAUCAGAGCUUCAUCGAUGACCCGAACACGGCUCGUGUGUUAAAGAUAAUAAAGGAGGUGUGCGGCGAGUACAUCGGCGCGGCGGAAGGCUACGCCUACAUCAAGACUGUGGCAGACGGUCUCACGUUCAACAGCGACAUUGGUCUGAAGGUGGCCCAGGGCAGGCUGACACCAGAGAUGUUGUUCAGCAUUCGAAACGUCUCGCUGCAGCUCCUCAUGCAGCGCCUCUACGACACAAAUGAGCAACAGACGUACAUGGCGGUCGACCUCCCCCGCAACAUCCUGCAGACGCUUAACCACACCCAUGUCGGCGAUACCCCGCAGCAGCUGAACGACUUCACCGAUACGCGGCAGGAGUCCACCUUUUACUUUAUGCACCGUGAGGCCCUCUACGCCUUCGCGCAGUUUUUUGGCUUUCAAUAUAACGUAGCUGGGUUGCCCUCAGGGGAGUUGCCUGUGGCAUCCUCCAUCAUUAUGGAAAAGCUCGUGCCUCAUCGCGACCAGUGUUCCCACAACACCUCCAACAUCUACGUCCGCAUGACGCUCUGGACGCCGCACAACGGCAUCUACACAAUACCCAUCUCCACCUGCCGUAUCCCCGAACUGUGUGAGCUAAAGGAGCUGCAGCACAUCCACGACACCCGCGUGAGCCUAACGGGUACAUGGGAGCAGCUGUGCAACUACACGCCGCAAGAAAUCGAUCACACAACGGAUAUUCGUUGA